CACACACACUCUCUCUCUCUCUCCAUUAUUAUAAUCUCUCUCUACUCUCUCUGUAUUUCUUCAUUCGGUAAGGCGAAAAUCUUCCCAUUUUCCUUCAAUUUUUGGGAUGUUGCAGGGGCUAACUUGGAUCGUUGUUGCAGAUCUAAAUCUCACUUGCAUUCCAUGUAAGAAGACCAAGUGAAAAUACCAGAAGAAGAAUUUUCCAAACAUGGAGUGGAAUACAAAGUGGGACUGGGAAAACCAUGAAAUAUUCAGCUCUAAAGUUAUGACUAGUCCUAAGAAGCUACAAUCAACCAACUGGGGGAUUGGAGAGGGAGAAGAAGACAUUGAUGGGUCUUUUAAUCUAUCUGGUGUUGUUGGUGGCAGUGGAGGAUCUGCCUCUGAUGUGGGAAAUAAUUCAUCAGCAAAGAGCUCAAUAUCGGCUUCAACUGAAUCUUCAUUCAAGGAGGGCAUGAAAGUAUCCAAAUUCUCGUUCGAGAAUUUCAACACCUCCAGCAGGAAGAAAGAGUUUGCCGGAGGUGAGCUGAAUGGAACUUCUCCAUUAUUGGAGGCUUCAGUUAGCUCCGGUGAACCAUUCAUUGGUCUAAAACUUGGUAAAAGGACAUAUUUUGAGAAUAACUUUGCUAGGAGCAACUCAAAAACAUCGUCUUUCUCGGAUAUUCCUAUAUCGUCUGUAUCUACAGGGAAGAAAGUUAAACCAUCUUGCCAAAGUACACCUAUUCAACGUUGUCAAGUUGAAGGAUGCAACCUUGAUCUCUCAUCUGCCAAGGAAUACCAUCGGAAACACAGAGUCUGUGAAAGUCAUUCCAAAUGUCCAAAAGUUGUCGUGGGUGGUCUUGAACGUCGGUUUUGCCAACAGUGUAGCAGAUUUCACAGUUUGUCAGAGUUUGACGAAAAGAAGCGGAGCUGUCGCAGACGGCUUUCUGAUCACAAUGCACGCCGCCGAAAGCCACAGCAGGAGACGAUCCAUUUUAACCCAACAAACCUGUCUUCAUCUUUCUAUGGUGGGAGACAACAGUUGAGUUUUGUGUUAAACAAUACCCCUCUGGUUCAAACAAGACCUGCUGUAAGUUCUACAUGGGAAAACUCAUCAAACUCAGCAUACUCAAUAGCAAAAGAAAAGGUUGACAAAUCUGGAGUCCUUGAUGGCCUUCCUCAUUCGCUAGGUAUGCAGUUGCCAAGUGCUGUCAACAUGCCUACCAUUGCUUUCAAUAGGUCAGUGCCAUCAAAGGGCACCAGAGUCGAGGUUCUUGAUCAAGGUUUCAAGGAGUCGUUGCCUCCCAACGUAGACGCACUCGAUAUUCGUCGUGCUCUCUCUCUUCUGUCAAACAAUUCCUGGGGUGUGUAUGAGCCAGAUCUAAUCGCGCUCGACCAUCCCCAUCAAAUGCACCCGGAUAACCCCAGCGGCAUACUUCACCAGCACGGGAUUCAAUCUGUGCCUCUUUCGUCAUCAGAUUACUGGCAAGCUGAGCAACAGUCGAUUGAUCCCCACCCUCAUGCCAAGACGAGUAAUGCCGCCAACACCCAGUUCCAAGAAUUCCAGCUUUUCAACCGUUUCUAUUCCAACCCAAUGGACGAAAUCUAGAAGCUUCUACGACUUCCGACAAUUUUAAGGUAAGCAAGUUCUUACAUUAGAUGAAGAACAUUCUCUGUGGAAACAUGUUUAAGUGUAAAGAACCUAGUGUUUGAUUCAUAGGGCUUUUCCCUCAAUAACUUUAGGCCUUCAUCCUUCAUCAUUAGGCCUAGUGCUGGAAACUCAGGGUAGAGGCUCCUUUCCCAUAUGGUUCACAAUGUUUUCGUUGAAGAUAUGGGUUAUUUAUUCGACAUUCUUAGAACCUGUAACCACUUUCGCUUAUUAUCAGUGAUUGACACACCUUCUAAUGCCUGAUA